AUGGACAUGAAAAAGAAGGGAUGGCUCAACAGUUACGAGUUCAGACACUCGCUAGCAGCGCUAGGCUUUGAUAUGUCCAAGCCUGAUUACUUCAGAGAACUACAGUCGUACGGCUCUGUUCCUCCCGAAUGGCAAGAUCCUCACAACUGUCCUGUCAACCGCCUCUAUGUUUACCUCGACCAAUUUCGAUUAUGCGCUGCCAAGUUACUAGCCAACCGCGACCCCAGACAAGAAGCGACAAAAGUGUUCAACAUGUUUGAUUACGACGGAGAUGGUGUUAUUUCCUUUGAGGACAUGCGACGGCUAGCUUCCGAUAUCAAGGAAGAGAGGACCAUGACAGACGAGGAAAUCCAGAGCAUGAUUGAGCAUCUGGACCACGAGGGUAAAGGCGGUGUAAACUUGGAAGAAUUCAUACAGAUGAUGGAGGAGGCUGGUUAA